GCUGCAGGGGCCGGGGGUCGCCCGCAGGGGGCGGCCGUCUCUGAGCCGCGCUAAACUGCACGGGCUGCGGCACAUGUGCGCCGGGCGCACGGCGGCGGGGGGCUCCUUCCAGCGGCGGGCGCUGUGGGUGCUGGCCUUCUGCACGUCUCUCGGCUUACUGCUGUCCUGGUCCUCGAACCGCCUGCUGUACUGGCUCAGCUUCCCGUCGCACACGCGAGUGCACCGCGAGUGGAGCCGCCAGCUGCCCUUCCCCGCCGUCACCGUGUGCAACAACAACCCGCUACGCUUUCCGCGCCUCUCCAAGGGGGACCUCUACUACGCUGGCCACUGGCUCGGGCUGCUGCUACCCAACCGCACGGCGCGCCCGCUGGUCAGCGAGCUGCUGCGGGGCGACGAGCCACGCCGCCAGUGGUUCCGCAAGCUGGCCGACUUCCGGCUCUUCCUGCCCCCGCGCCACUUCGAGGGCAUCAGCGCCGCCUUCAUGGACCGUCUGGGCCACCAGCUGGAGGACAUGCUGCUCUCCUGCAAGUACCGCGGCGAGCUCUGCGGCCCGCACAACUUCUCCUCUGUGUUUACAAAAUAUGGGAAGUGUUACAUGUUUAACUCAGGCGAGGAUGGCAAGCCUCUGCUCACCACGGUCAAGGGGGGGACGGGCAACGGGCUGGAGAUCAUGCUGGACAUUCAGCAAGAUGAGUACCUGCCCAUCUGGGGAGAGACAGAGGAAACGACGUUCGAAGCAGGAGUGAAAGUUCAGAUCCAUAGUCAGUCUGAGCCACCUUUCAUCCAGGAGUUGGGCUUUGGGGUGGCUCCAGGGUUCCAGACCUUUGUGGCCACACAGGAGCAGAGGCUCACAUACCUGCCCCCACCCUGGGGCGAGUGCCGAUCCUCAGAGAUGGGGCUCGACUUCUUUCCUGUUUACAGUAUCACCGCCUGUCGCAUUGACUGUGAGACCCGCUACAUUGUGGAGAACUGCAACUGCCGAAUGGUCCACAUGCCAGGGGAUGCCCCUUUCUGUACGCCAGAGCAGCACAAGGAGUGUGCAGAGCCUGCUCUAGGUCUGCUGGCGGAAAAGGACAGCAAUUACUGUCUCUGCAGGACGCCCUGCAACUUGACCCGCUACAACAAAGAGCUUUCCAUGGUGAAGAUCCCCAGCAAAACGUCAGCCAAGUACCUGGAGAAGAAAUUCAACAAAUCAGAAAAAUAUAUCUCAGAGAACAUCCUUGUUCUGGAUAUAUUUUUUGAAGCUCUCAAUUACGAGACAAUUGAGCAGAAGAAGGCGUAUGAAGUUGCUGCCUUACUUGGUGACAUCGGUGGUCAGAUGGGGUUGUUUAUUGGUGCUAGUAUCCUUACAAUACUAGAGCUCUUUGAUUACAUUUAUGAGCUGAUCAAAGAGAAGCUAUUAGACCUGCUUGGCAAAGAGGAGGAUGAAGGGAGCCACGAUGAGAAUGUGAGUACUUGCGACACGAUGCCAAACCACUCUGAAACCAUCAGCCACACUGUGAACGUGCCCCUGCAGACGGCCUUGGGCACCUUGGAGGAGAUUGCCUGCUGACACCCCUCAGGCUACCCAGCACCCUCCAAACAGACCUUAAGGCCCAAGACCCAGGACAGGGGACAGCAAGCUCAGGUGGAAUGGCCCCUGAUGACGGAAAGAAGCAAGAGCCCCCUAUGCACACAUUGCAAACUUCUACCAAACCUCGCUCCGGCCACGUCUGACAUGAAGCGUCCCUGGGCCCCGCUGUGCGUCCCUCGUAGGAGAGAUGAGUCACACUCUGGAACAGUCCCAGAACCAACCUGCCAUCACAUCUCACUGCCAGAUGUAUAAAGCACCUGCAUGCUCGGACUUCUUACAGCGCCACUCUCCAUCUGUCUUGUACAUGACGUUCCACCAUGUGGUUUCCAGCGUCCACUCUGGCCUCUGCAGUGGGACCAGAUUCCAACUCGUCUGUGAGGCCAGGCUGGAGUCAAAACUGCACAAUCAGGAGGGAAAUCACAGAACUCUACUAUGUUGAAUCCUUGUGUAGUUUGUGACGGUUCUUGAUCUGCCCACAAACCCCUUUCCCCCCCAAAACAGCCCAUGGGGAUCUGGUACUGAAGGUGCCCAGCACCAACCUCCCUUUGACCCCAGCACCUGUGGAGGCGACACAGUGGCCUGGGUGACCCCAGUAUCCAUCCAUGGCGCCACCUCAUUCUUCUCUCCCUGUGACACAGCUUGUACAGUCUGAUUCUUUUUUAUUGGGGGGACUUUUUUGUUUGUCUGUUGGAGAUUUGUUUUGUUUUGCUUUGUUUUGUCGUUUUUGGUUUUGAUGUUGAGGUUUGGUUUGGUUUUUUUUUUCCAUUUUCUUUGGAGUUUAUUUAUUCGUGCUUCAAAUCACAGUCAUAUUAAAAGCUGGUCUUGUGGAAAA